CUUUGGCCUUGGCCUUGCCCACCAUCUUCCUUCUUCUUAACUCCUCCCACCAGUCUCCAUCACCGAUGGCAUUGCCAACGACAACGGGGUCCCUCUUCUUCUCGAGCUCUCCACUCCUCCGACCACCUCCCUCCUCAUUCCCAGGGAUUACCCAAGAAGGACUUGGAACAAUGGGACUCUAUCACGGCAAAGUUCUCUGCUGCUGCAAAUAUACCAUUCUUGCUACUCCAGCUCCCUCAGAUCAUCCUCAAUGCCCGAAAUCUCUUGUCCGGAAAUAAGUCUGCCCUCCUCGCCAUCCCUUGGCUGGGUAUGCUGACAGGCUUGCUCGGGAACCUGUCACUGCUAUCUUACUUUGCCAAGAAGAGGGAGAAGGAGGCAAUGCUGGUUCAGACACUGGGAGUCAUAUCCACGUUUGUCGUGAUAUGUCAGCUCGCAGCUGCUGAGGCCAUGCCUCUUCCCCACUUCCUGGCAACUUCGGCAGUGGUGGCCAUCGGUCUCACCUUGAAUUUCAUGAACUAUUUUGGCAUUCUCAGUGCCCCUAUUUGGCGCCGCUGGGAAGACUUCAUCACCAUUGGCGGACUUUCCGUUCUUCCUCAAGUCAUGUGGUCUACAUUCGUGCCCUACCUUCCAAAUAGUAUUUUUCCCGGGAUUGCAGCAUUUGUCGUUGCUGUGGCAGCAGUUCUCAUGGAACGAAUGGGAAAACUCUCAGAAAAAGGUGUCAGAUUUGUGAGAUCGAUAUCUGGUUGGACAGCUACUCUUCUCUUCAUGUGGAUGCCAGUCUCCCAGAUGUGGACUAAUUUCCUGCAUCCUGAGAACAUUAAAGGCUUGUCUGCUUCCACAAUGUUGCUUGCUAUGAUUGGCAACGGGCUCAUGAUCCCACGUGCACUCUUCAUCCGUGAUUUCAUGUGGUUCACUGGUUCUGCAUGGGCUGCAUUCUUGUAUGGAUAUGCAAACAUUCUAUGCCUGUAUUGUUUCAACUGUAUCAGCAGGGAAUUCUUCUUAGCAGCAACAGGUGGCCUGCUUUCUUGGAUAGGGAUGGCUUUCUGGAGAGACAGCGUAGCUUACGGACACUUCUCUCCUCUGAGAUCCUUAAAAGAACUUAUUUUUGGACGACCUGGAUUGGCUGAUCGAUAGACAGGAGAAGGAAAAUGAAGGCUGACGAAAGCAUAGAAGCAUCCUUGUCUCAUAAAGGAAAAUAGAGGUUGGAGGAAGCAGAGAAAUAAAUUGAGAUGCGGAAAGGAAUAAAAGAUGGAAAGGGCUUCUUCAAGGGGACCUGGUUUCAUUAUCUCUGAGUCAUACAUAUGUAGUGUUUCAGCUGAUUGUAUAAUAGUGGAGUACAUACUAAGUUAACGAAACAAUAUAUUGCAGGCAGAUAAGGUGAAGGCAGUUUGUUCUCUGUUUUGUGGCCCCAAAGGUUUUAUUGUUGUUUGAUCUGUCUGAAGUUUGCACUGGUCGACGGACACACCCGCACCAUUUGCCAAGAA